AAACUUCACAUUCUUUGACAGGUCGCGGACCCCGCAGACCGAAGCACGCGAAAGAAUGGAGGUGGCCUGUGUGUGUUAUCUCGGAAGUAAAUGCUGACGAUAAAUGCACGGUGUUAGAAACGAUGCUAUAAUUGGACAUAUUAUACAAGGAUAUUGAGUCUAUUAACGUCACAAAUCAAAGACAGAUAUGAGCUUAUAUUAUCAUUAUUGGCGGAAAUGGGCAGCGUGACAGGGACGGCGAGUAGCUCAGACGUAACCUAAAACCGUUAUAAUAUUUGCACAUGCAAUUUUUGUGAUAUGAUGUGUUAGCGCAUUGUUAUACGAGACACGGUAUGCUUCAAGUAGAUGCCUGUCGCGAUGGACAGGUAUGAGCUGACAUUGAAAAACGUAAUCAGCUGGAUCGCAUCGGGUGCGAUGAUUAUCGGCGGAAUUAUACCAUAUGUACCGCAAUAUAAGGAAAUCAAGAGGAAAGAAGAUGCGGAAGGAUUCUCCCUUUAUGUUUGUCUCACUCUUUUAAUCGCCAACACGCUCCGUAUACUAUUUUGGUUCGGCAAACAUUAUGAACUUCCCCUCUUGUUGCAAAGUGUACUCAUGAUUUUUGCAAUGUUUGUUAUGAUUAAACUUUGUAUCAAUAUACAAAACAGAUCACAGAUAAUUAAACCAAAGGAGCAUGUGUUUACAGAUUUGGAUGUUAGAUUUUUUUGGAAGUGGACAAACUUUCAAUCCUACUUGGCUUUUAUGAUUCUAUUUGCCACUGUAAGUGGUAUAUUAAUGUAUUUAUUUGUGGAUAUACCAAUAUUUAUUGAAGUUGUUGGAUUAUUAGCGGUGUUGAUAGAAGCUAUGCUUGGUGUUCCUCAAUUUCUAAGGAACUCUUCCAACAAAUCCACUGCAGGGAUGAGUGUGACUAUGGUAGCUAUGUGGACGCUAGGGGAUGUUUUCAAGACCUGCUACUUUAUCUUGAAGGAUACUCCGGUGCAAUUUCAAGUAUGUGGUGCUGUUCAAGUCGCAAUUGAUAUUGCUAUUUUGGCACAAGUGUAUAUUUAUCCAAAGAAUAACGCGUCACACAUAAGGACACCCACUAGAGAAGAUUGAAGAACGCUCAGCGAGUUAUUCAUGUCGUUUUACGUUUAUAUAUACAAGUUUUCUUAAUGCAGAUUUAUAGUAAGAUGUGAAAAAUAUAUUUUUAUAUCGAUUGACUGUUGCGGAGGAA